GGCGAGCACAAUAGUGCAUUUUUUCCAUAAAUGAGAAAAUGCGCUAAAAAUCCUCAAGUGCUACAACUGCUCAUGUGUAAUCCAAAAUUAUCAUUGCUAUACAAUAAGAAAUCCGUCAUGAUUAUCGCGGAAAUCCAUCGUUGAAAUGAGCGGCGGUCGCCGGGACAGCACAGGGGCCAGCUUUGUGCCUGGUGGGGUGUGACGCACCCCUGCUCUCCCCAGUCUCGUCUUGAGGAGGAAGAAAAGUUUGGAUUAUUUUAAGACACAAGUAAAAUGUUCCUUGGUAAUAUUAUUAACAGUAUACAAGCUCGAGGGUUAAUAAGGAAGUCUACUCAACAUGAUUAAUCAUCAUGUAAGAGAAGAAGGGAGGAGGUAGUUUAAUUUAAGGGGAAGAAGCUCGAUAUUAGCUAACUAUGUUUCACCAGCUCAAUGAUAACGUAUGCCUAAAACAAAGUUUAGUGCGAGUAUUUAUGCGUGCGGAUUCCUUUGAUAAGGAUUGAAAUUUCGAGGACACGUAGGAUAUUUGUAGCGUUCAUGCUGACUUUUUUGCUAUAAUGCAUAUAUAAUAUUUACCAUUAUGCGUUGUGACCAAUAACAUUCAUUUAAACAGUGAAGUUGAUGCAAGAUUCUGUAUUUAGGAUGUGCUGAAAAUGAUUUGCGUUUCACAACUUAUUUCUUUGUGGCUUUUCCAUCCCACAGAAAUAUAGUUUAUUGUUCAAUUCAUUAAAUUGUUAACGCCUUUUCUAUCUUCAUUCUCGUUGACACCACAAAAUACUAAAAAUGUCAGUCGCCAUGCCUGACAAAAACAAGCCGCUGCCCAACCCGGCGCUGGUGGAGCGCAGUGACGCUCCAGGUGGAGCGCACCUCGUCAACGCCUACAGGAGCACCCGGCACGCCCCCUCCGACCUCGUCCAACUCGCGCAGGAGAUACAAAAGGCGGACUCGUUCACAAAGGCGACAGUCGGAAGCAAGCUGCAGGUGAUAGCGGAGCAGGUGCGCUUCCUGCAGGAGCAGGCGCGCCGCGUGCUGCAGGAGGCGCAGCACAACGCUGACCUGCACCACGUCGCCUGUAACUUCGUCAAGCAGCCCGGCGCCACCUACCACCUCUACAGACGACCUUCUGGACAGCGAUACUUCUCCAUGAUCAGCCCCAAGGAGUGGGGCGAGUGCCCCCACGAGUACCUGGGGGCGCACAGGCUGGAGGCGGACCAGUCGUGGACGGCGGCGGGUGACGUGGACGCCAAGGACGCCGACCAGCAGCUCAUCGACAAGAUACUGACGUGUAGUAGCGCAGCGGCAGCCAUCACUGGGUGACGUGCACCAGCGCGGCGGCCAUCACUGGGUGACGUGCACCAGCGCGGCGGCCAUCACUUGGUGACGUGCACCAG